UGAUAAAUCGGUUAAAAUUUUGAAACACCCAUAACCUUAGUUCCACUGAUAUAUGAAUAAUUUUUAUUAAGACUUAGUUAAGGGUUUUAUUAGAGAUAUUCCCACUAAUACGUCUGUACAAUGUACAGGGAUGUAAAUCAAUGUGAUCUGGUGUUGUAUUCAGUGGACCAUGAUUGGUCAGAGCAGAGCCAAUGCUUGAGGCUGUAUAGGCAGCAUGACGAAACCCCGUGGGUUCGAGUUCUGGAGGAGCACACUGAAGGGUGCGCGCUACGUGGUCGCGCCUAUGGUGGACCAGAGCGAGCUCGCGUGGAGGCUGCUGAGCCGCAGACAUGGCGCAGAGCUCUGCUACACGCCCAUGCUGCACGCACAGGUGUUCGUCAGGGAUGCCAACUACCGGCGGGAGAACCUGUACAGCGAGGUCAACCAGGAGGACCGGCCCCUCAUCGCACAGUUCUGUGCCAAUGAUCCCGAGGUGUUUAUCCAGGCUGCUCUACUCGCCCAGGAUUACUGCGAUGCCAUCGAUCUGAACUUGGGCUGCCCACAGAUGAUUGCAAAAAGAGGCCAUUAUGGUGUAUUUCUUCAAGACGAGUGGGACCUUCUUGAGAAAAUGAUUAAACUGGCUGAUGAAAAACUUGCCGUGCCCAUUACUUGCAAAAUCCGGGUCUUCCCAGAGAUUGAGAAAACUGUGAAGUAUGCCAAAAUGCUGGAAAGGGCUGGAUGCCAGCUCCUCACGGUUCAUGGGAGAACUAAAGAUCAAAAGGGGGCUUUGACAGGCAUUGCAAGUUGGAAGCACAUCAAAGCUGUACGGGAGGCUGUAAACAUUCCCGUUUUCGCCAAUGGAAACAUCCAGCACCUGAGUGAUGUUCAGCGCUGCAUGGAGGAGACUGGAGUACAAGGUGUCAUGAGUGCAGAAGGGAAUCUCCACAACCCUGCCCUGUUUGAAGGCUGUAGUCCACCUGUGUGGGAGAUGGCUGAGGAGUACCUGGAGGUUGUGGAGAAACACCCACCCUGUAGUCUGUCUUACGUCCGUGCUCACAUCUUCAAACUGUGGCACCACACCUUACAGAUACAUCAAGACCUGAGGGAGGAGCUGGCCAAAGCGAAAAACGUAGCUGGGGUUGCAGAGGUCAACAGACAGCUGAAACAACGUUGCCAGGAGGAGAUGGCUAAAGAUGAAUCAGAAUGGACUCGGACUGAUCUUCCCUUUCCUCACUGGAUAUGCCAGCCUUACGUCAGACCACCGCCCAAGGAUCCAAACACUGAAAAUGGGCAGAAAGCACCAGAAACAAAAGCUGUGAGUGUAAAGAGGGCACUGGAGGACAGCGACGGAUCCAACGACUCCCUGUCCAAGAACAAGCAGAAGAAGAAAGCCCGUAACCCCAACAAAAACUUCUGUCCAGAGCUGAAACCUAAAUACAUUAAGUGUGAGCAAUGUGGAAACCCUAAAGGGAACAAGUGUGUGUUCAGCCUGUGCCGUGGCUGCUGCAAGAGGAAGGCUUUCAAGGAAGUGGCUGAUUGUCCUGGCCACGGAUUGAGAUUCAAAACCAAGGCUUUGAAACAGUGUAACUCAGAUACGGGAGGUGGGCAGUCCAAUGGGAAGCCCAACAGUCAGACAGUUUCCACUGCUGUCCAUGAUCCAUUGUAAAGCAGAUGUGUGCAGGAUAUGGGCAACCGUGACAUGACCGUGACUGAUUUAUCACUUAACAUUGCUGCACUGAAUUGGAAGUACAAGACUGCAUUUGUGGCCAAAAUUGGUUUGUCACUGUUGGUAUGUGAUUUGGAUCCACAUCACACCAAAUGAACUGAACAUGCAAAGAAACAGACGCAGAAAAGAUCAGUGCUUCUGUUACUUAGGCUAUAUUUUGAUAAAUACUGGGAACGUGGCAUAUGAAGCAGCCGCUCCUACUGCACAAACCUGCACUGCUCCCUGCUCACCUAAGAUAGAGGAGCUGGACUUUUAUCUUGGGACGCUCUGUGGAGAUACACUGAUGGACAUCUUCACUCAAACAUUAUUCGAACUGCAUUUUUACUAUAUUUAUGGUCUUCCAAAACGAAAGAUAUGGCAGAUUUGUAUGUUGCAACCACAAUCAAACAUCUUUGACUUUUAAUGCAUUUUUAUAUAUAUAUAUUUUGAACAUGUACAUUAACUUUUACUCUGAGAUCUUUUAAUUACUUUCCUGUAUGGUCAUGAUCAUUGUUACUAUUUCACACUCAUACUGACAUUCAUUUCAGAGAUGUGGAAAGUUACACUACAAAGAUUCCUUACCCAGUGAAUGUGUUGUUUUUUAAAUAUGUUGUCUGAUUCUGAUACCUUACCACUGAUCUAUAAUAGUUGUAUAUAGACCAGUGUACCUUACCCUUAUUGCCGUGAUUGUAUUGCCUUUGUCAUUCUUUGAGCGUUUCAAAAAAGUAUGCAACUCCAAUACAACUUUGGUUCAAUAUAGUGAUAUUUUCUUCUUAUUAUAAUCCAACAUGUUUA